AUGAUGUCACCAAUGCAGCCCUUCUACGAGGCGCUGCCCACUGAGAAAAGUGUUGCACCACCAGAGGAGCCACCGACAGACGAGACAGGCACAGGGACAGGUAGCAAUUUAUUUUUCUCAACUCAAGAUGAUAUCAUUCAAGAAAUUCAUGAUUCUCUCUACAAAUUGAGAUUCUCACACACGACUGAAUCAAGAAUGAAUACACUUCCUUCAGAUUUUCGUAACCUGUUGUUCUGUUCAAGUACAGGAAUGACGAACUCGUCGUCCAAGUAUCGUAUGAGGAACUCGUCGUCCUCAGGGAUGAAGACAUGAUCCUAAAAACCCCCCCUCGUAUGUCGCGUAUGAGCAGAUGACGAGGAGGAGGAUUUUAGGAUCCUGUGUGCAGUGAAUCCCUUACAAUACCAAUUAGCUGGAGCGACGUGCUCCACCGGUAUAUCAGGUAGACUGAGGAAUAUGGAAUGGGGAUUUUGAAAACAAGAUAGAAUCUAUCGAGAAGGACUCAUUCUCAUCUUCAUGUUGGAGAACACAUAUGCACCAAAGUUCCUGGAGCUACAAGCACAACGCGAAGCGCCACGUCCUCUGAUGGUGGCCCUAUAGCGUGUUUCUUUCGCGAACGGUUUCUGGUUGUUCACACUCAUGCGGUUUUCUUCACGGAAAAACAAGCGACAGAUCUGGGCCCUCUUUCUCGUGAGUUUAUCUACAUCUUCCUCGGUGCGAUCUACUUUUAUACCAUACAAUACGAUUAGGAUUAAUCUCGCACAAAGUUUAGUGCAGACUGCCUUAAGUGCGUCAUAGAUCUUCCAAUCUUCUGCAGUACUAUUACAAGUACAUCAGACCACUAAUUUGUGUGCAUGUUGCUAUUUGGAACCCCGAAUGCAAAUGUUUGUUCUCAAAUUUUUCCCAAUUGCAGAACUUCAACUUCUCCCAUAGUACUGUAGUACAAGUACUAGUUUACCAAUUUGUCUGGUAGUAAGUCCAACAAGAAGGUGGAAGCCGAGAUAGGGGCUGUUUUUGUUCUGGGGGUUUUGUUUCUUGAUUCGCAUCCCGCAUGCUCACUUUCCUAGAACUAAUUAGAAAAGAACGUUACAAAAUUAACAAAUGAGACGUAAAUCUAGAUCUACGACUCACAGCUGCAGCUCCUUUCACCUUCCGUAAAUUUUUCACAUUCUUCAUAACACCAAGACCUAGACCAACAAGUCCAAGAAACAAGAAUGCACAGGUCCUUGUACGACCACCAUCGAUUAGACUGUCAUAAUCUUCCCCAAGCAGAAAAUUGUACUCAAGAUGGUCCAUGAUCUUCAUAAAUCUAUCUGAUAAUACUCUCCCCAGAUUUUCAAAAACAGAAGAUCCACAUUCAUCCCCCAACGCAAUUUAAGAACAAGAUUACGCUAGUCUUUCCAAUUGUUCAUUUCAAAAUAAGAGGACACAAUUUCUUCAUUUACCGCGUACAAGAUCAAUGCCUGCAUUACACACCGCCGUCGACCGAUAGCUGGAUGACUAUUGGACACCAAAACAAAAACAACUCAAGCACACAACCAGAGAUGAAGGUGUGGGUGUCGUUUCAGAACUAUAGUCACUAAUAUCUCCGUUUAAGAACUACGAGAGACAACUGAGACUUUUCUCUUUGUCUUUGCGUCCGCGAAGUGUAUGCUUUCUCUGCGCCCACCCGAGCUGGUGCGUCGAACCUUCGAAAAGCUUGCAGCUGUAUGUAAUUGUGAAAGGAAGCAAGAGCUCGUAGAAUGUCUGGUCUUGCUCAUACAGUUUCCCUCUUACCCCGUGAAUGGGUUAACUCCUACUACGACUACCACUACUGAGUGGUGACUGGUAU